UGAUUAGUGACAUAUACGAGAGGACUACACUCCACUGACUUUUCCCCCUAAACUGGUCAUCCUCUGCUUGCAUGGACUCCACAGAGAAACAGAAGCAGGAAGAGUCUAUGGAGGAGGUGGUACAAGAUCUGCGGGCCCAGGUGACAUCAACUGAAGAGGAGCUGACAGCCCUGUUGAAGAAGCAGCAGCAGCGGCAGGAAGCAAAGACCACCUGUCAGAGGGAAAGAGAUGCUAAAGCCAUGUUUGAGGAGUGGGAAGAAGAACUAUAUGAGGAAAUAGACCAACAAAAAAAAGUAUUUUGGGAUGAGCCGAAAAGUUCUGUCCUCCCUGACUCUCCAUUAGAAGAGGUACCCAGUGGAAAAGACUUUUCAAAUUUCCUUUGUUGAAAGUGUGCUUCUAUGUUCUCAAAAUUCAUUUACUUGGUUUGUGCUAGUUUUAUUUCCACUGCCACUCUGGGGACUCAGGUACUGUGAGGCCAGAUUCUGGAGGCCAGUGCCUGGGAUUGCAUCUCUGCUCUAUCCCACACUGCCCGUGUGACAGUAGGGAGUUACUGAACCUGCCUGUGGCUCGGUUUCUUUUCUGUGAGGUGGGUUACUGAGGGGGUUAGAUAAGCACAGAGCACUUAACAUUGUGUGGUAUAUCGCAAGAACUUCCUAGAUACUAUUCUUCCUUAUGCAAAGGGUUUUGUCCCUGGACAAGAAAUUAGGCAAAA